AUGGCCGACAAAUCAGUCGAAGAAGCGACGGCUGAAAUUCUUUCAAAGCAUCCACAUGCGAUUGAUGACAAGAAGGUUCUCGAACCCUAUUUGAAUGACUUCUAUAGAUACGAGGAAAAAAUGGGAAUGGAGAAUAUCAUCCUCCGUAUGAUCUCACUUCCGAAAGACAAAACCGGGAGCCACCUCGAAGGAACCACAUUUCACUGGGGAUUCUAUACUAUUAUCACGGAGGAUACAGGUAUGGAUACUGAAGACAAAGCCGCCACCGGCUCCGAAACAUCCAUGGAUACCAACACCGAGCAAAUCCCACCUUCGGGUAGCGUGGAGAAGAAAAUCGUCCAUAUCCAGAAGCUUUAUCCAAAUGCAUCUCCCAAAAAGGAAUCUCGUCAGCUGCCUUUUAGCUCAAGAGUAGAGAGAAAACAGAUCACCUACUCUGCUUAUAUCGAUAUGAAAGGCACCAUCGAUUCCAAAUUUUCAUUUGAACCGAAUUACUUUGUUCCUACACCAGACAGGGAUAUAGAGACUGCAGACCAGCCAGUCGUGAGAGAAACGCUUGCCCGUAUGAAGUCUGAAGCUCGCACAAAGCCUGGAAGAAUGAGAGAGAUCGACAAUGACUGCGAAGACUUCAUCCUCAAUCACUUUGAAGACUUGUGCGAGGAGUACCACGAUACACGUAACCCCUACUUCCUCGCACGCGCCGAUUUUUACCGUAAACUCGACGUUGAACACCUGAGCUUAAAUCACAAGAUUCUUAUCAGUGCCGACGAAAGAAAUGUCCUCCAUGGAUACUUCCUUGAGAAGAUGCUCCGUACAACAUAUUCCGACAGAAUUGGAAGUCUUUAA